AUGAGAGGGAACAGACCAGAUUAUAACCCUAAAAACAAAACAACAUUCAGAGCUCUUCCACAGAGAUCCCUCCCACCACAAUGGACCAGACCCUUCACACAGCAGCUGAAGACCCUCACAUUCACAGUCACUGAGAUGGAGCGAGCGAGACUUACAGUCAUCAUACUUCUGUGUGUUUUGUUGUGUGAAGAGCAGAAAGUGUUUGGGACAGAAGUGGACAUGAGAGUAAAACCAGGAGAAAGCGUCACUCUCUACUGUGCUUUACCUUCUGGAUCAGACAUUAUUUGGAUGAGAAACUGCUCACAUGAGAAUCAUCCAUCUCUGUCAAUAGAUCGCUCAACACUCUUCAAGGAGACGUUUCCACGGUUCAGUUUUGUGCCCAACAGCUCCAGUAACUCCUAUGAUCUACAUAUAGAGAAUGUCAGUGUCUCUGAUGAGGGACUUUACUACUGUGGGAAAAGAGAAACAAAAAUAUAUAAAAAUGAACAAGGAAUCAAACCAAACACUGAGUAUAAAUAUGGAAACAAGACAACCAGACUGUCUGUCCUGGAGCAAGAGUCUCCUUGUGCUGAACGGUUUAACAGCACCUCCACAUCACCUGCAUCACAGUGUGUUUUCUGCUGGAAUCUGCUGUUCAGUGUGUGUUCGGUGUGUGUUCUCCUCUUCUCCAUCUGCAUCUACUGCCUCUGUCACAAGAAAACUACAGAUUCUGCUUCUGAGAACAGACAUGUUGAGGUGAUCAGGAAGCAGUUCUCUGCACUUCCUGUGUAA